ACCCAACUCUGCUCAUGUGACGAGUUAAGCGAGCCGUCAGCCCUCUAGAGAGAGUGAGUGAUAGUUUAUGUGCUUGUGUGGAGGCGUACUAGCUAUGCAGAGACCGUGUCGUGGAGGUAUAUUGCCAUUACGCGCUAUUACGCACUGACAGCUUCUCACAAGAAAAGAGCGCUCGGUGCAGCGGAGCGGGAUUUUGGAUUCCUCUAAAAUAAAGGUAAGUGCUGACUGAUGAAAGCACUGUUUGAGGUUCAGUAAUAGUUGGUGAAGUGGUGUUGAAGUGCGCUGUGUGCUCUCUGUUUGUCAUUGAGGAGUGUUGCUAAAAGCGUGGCUCUGUUGAGUGAACGGAGAGGUAUUUGGUAUCCGUGUGCCACAAGGAUGCAUGUGCGAGUUUAGCGAGACUAGUUGUGCAUUGUACAGCUGCUCUGACAUUAAAAAGCCUCAUAAAGUCCCGACUGGAAUGCAUGGCAUGUGCUGCGUUUUUGACUUUGAACAUCAAUCGAGCUGAAAAACAUAUUUUACUCCUUUUUUAUGCAUUCAGCCAUAAUUGUCCGCAGAAGAAAAAAAAGAUGUCAAAAACCUUUGACUGAAAGUCAAUCAUGAGUGCAGCGUGUGGAAAAACAGGAGCGCACCACGCUGUCAAAGCCUUUCUUAUGUUUCACGGCAGAAGGGUUACUCUAGGGCAAAUGACUUAAGACUUGGCGAAGGUGUUAUUAAACUGCCUUCACAAAGUUUUUCCAUGAGGUAUCGCCUGGGCACCGCAGCUACAAACUCGAGAUACCCCGUGUCAUGUGAUGAUAUCUCACAGGUAACCCUAUAUGUGUUGAAUUUGGCGUUAGAUCCCGUAUUACAUAAAUGCACUGCGGUCCACUUGUGGUUGUUAUAGCCUAACUCAAAGUCAAUAAUCAAAUUCAUCUGGUGAUUUUCCAGGGAAUCACCUGGAAUCCCAGAGUGGAUUGUAUCGACACGGCAGCUUUUAGGCUUUACAGAAGAGGGCGCACAAUCAUUUUGUUUUCAGCCCCCUUCUUUAAAGCUCUGUGAGGUUUCAAACUGGGUUUUAACGCAAUUUACGCGUCACAAGUCAUUUAGCUUCGUGCUCCGGGGGCUGUAGGACACGUCUAAUAUUUAUACUCCACGUCCAAUUCAGACAUGCCCAGUUUUAAUGGUUUUUAUGGUCAAUGAAUAUAGAAUCUGAAUCUUUCAUUUACCAUCCCAUUGAAAUCUGUCUGUUUUCUUCAUCAUCUUUCUAUAGUAGGUCUAUCUAUGCUGGGUGGUCUGCAAAAUUCACCACAAAGUAUGUCUGUAAGUGUUGUGGAGUUGCAGUUGUUUUAUCGAUCAGAUUCAGCUGCUAUAAGGACCACUGCAGAGAAAUAAAUAGAAACUCUUUAUAUGACAGAAGAUCCAUGUGGCUUCAAUGAUCGUCAUGGUGAGAAAUGGGAACCCCUGAUUCCACAUGGUCAGCUUGAAGUCUGAACCAGCAGCUGCAGCGUCCUCACACACACACAUACUCACAUGCACACACACGGUCUUCAAAUUCCAUGUCCCUCACACAUGGUGAACUUUCCUUUUGAAGUGCCAUCAUCUGCAGACCUCUGAAACAAGCAGCAGUGCAUGGAGACCACAUCGCAAGAAUCAUUUUCAAGGACUCUGCCAUUAACUUAUUUCUGUAAACCUCAUGGGCCUGUUGAUAAUCAUUAACUUAGAGUCAAACUGACCACAGAGAAUGAAAAUGUGUUGCUGUUUUUGACCACCCAAGCGCAAGAAUUUUUCACUCAUGACUCCAAAUUUUAUGCAAAAUUAAUCAGAUUAAUUACAGUCAGAAAAGUGCAGACAGACAUCUCUGAAAAAGAAGUCUGUUUCAAAUAUCUAACUAAAAAAUGCACUUUUUGUUUUGGCUUUUUUCCAGGUUGAAGUUCUUCCUUCAUACUCAGCCUGUCUUCAGCAGAACAGAUUGAUCUUUAAAGCAGAGUCCAGCUGCCAUUCAUCCGCACAGGAAUGGUGGAUCAUUUGCCACUUGGUGAGGAGACCUUCCUGUGUUACACCAGCUCACCAGUGUCCGAUUACAACUGCCUCAGUCACCACGCCAAUGGUGGCGUAUCGCCGGGCAUCAUGGUGACUGACACAGGCAUCUACAACCAUUACCAUCACUAUGAGGGGCUGACGCUGUCUUCCUCCCCUCGUCUCUCUGAGGAUGACCUCAGUGACUCCUCCAGCCCUCGGUCUUCCCUCUGCUCCAGUCCUGAAUCAUCUUCACCGACGUUACGCCAUGCUCUCAACUCCAGCUACGACAGCAGGAGCAGCAGGAGCAGUGAGAGCUGCAGCUCCUCAGGAGGAGAAAGUCAGGACAGUCUGCUGGACCUCCUCCUCUCACAGGCCUCCCUCAGCAGCAGCAGCAGCAGCAGCAGCUCUCAUUCUUCUUCCUCUCUGUCCCUAUCCUCGCCAACCUCAUCUUCCUCCUCAUCUGCCCCUCUUUUACCAAUGGGGCUGGCCUGGGACUCCAGGAGGGAGCAGCGGAUGAGUCUCCUUCAGCAUCAGGUGAAAGAGGACAACUACGAGUUCCCUGUGUUCCUGGACGAGCUGCAGGAUCCCGCAGCGCUUCUCUUUCAGCCAACCCUGGAGGAGAUCGAGGAGUUCCUGGAGGAGAACAUGAUGGUGGCGAUGGAGAAAGACGAGGAGGGGAGCGACGAGGCCAUGUCGCAAACAUCAGAAGAUGCCGAGGUGGAAAGUCCGAGGACUUUAACAGGACAGUUUGUAUCGGUGCCACAAAACUCAGAUCAGACGGUACCUGUGGCUCACUCUCCCCUUUCCUCACACACAGAGACCAGACAUACACCCAGUACAUCUGACAUGGACAGCUCACCAUCAACAGUGGAUGUUAGUUGUAUAGAGAGUUCAAACUCCACAAGUGGUGGAGUUAAUGGGAUCAAACAGGAGGACUGUGGUUCUCUGCCAGGUUCCUCAGAAGGUACGAGCGCUGCUUCCAGUGUGCCUGUUAUCCUACAAAUCCAGCCCAUACAAAUCAAACAAGAGCCCAGCCCAAGUGCCAUUUCAGACGCCAUCACCCAGAAAACUGAAUCGCAGCCAACCCCAUCUCAGCCGGACAUCAAAAUCGCCCAACUCCUGGUGAACAUCCAGGGGCAAACCUUUGCCCUGGUGCCUCAGCUGCUCUCCCCCACCAACGUCGCUAACUCAAGCAAAACUGGAAUCGCCACCUCGUCCAAAUUUGUGCGGAUAGCACCGGUGCCUAUUGCUGCCAAGCCCAUUGGGGAAGGAGGAUUGGUUGGGGGUUCCUCCUCAGGGGUCCUUGCUGGAGGUCAGAGGUACCAGAAGAGUGCAGUGGCAGAUCUUAUUAAAAUGCACAAGUGCUCUUUUCCUGGCUGCAAUAAGAUGUACACCAAGAGUAGCCACCUUAAAGCCCAUCUGAGGAGACACACAGGGGAGAAACCCUUCGCCUGCACAUGGCCCGGCUGUGGAUGGAGGUGAGCAAAGCCAAGUGUUGAUAUUCAAGAUGAGAUGGUUAAUAAAGUCAGCGAGGUGAAGAAGGAAACAGUCAUCAGCUGGGUUAUGAGGAUAAACUUUAGAGCUAUAUUUGUACACUGAUGCUGCUGGUGGACUUAGGCCCCUCUCAAACAGUCACCCCUGAAAAUGUCCCCAGAGAUUCACCAUUAUCAGGAUGGGGAAGCUACAAUUUCAGUUUCAUCAAUUCAGGUUGUUGUUGUUGAAGCUCACUUUGGAUUUCAUUUAUUUUGGAGUAAAAAAAAAAUAACUUAAAUUUUAAAAAAAUAAAAUGAGCCUGCCUUUAUCAUUUCAAUAUUUAGGUUCCCAAAAAGGAACUGGUAACUGUGACACAGAUUUCAAUCUUCUUUGGUGUCUAAUUAAUUAAGGCACUUAUGAGGUCAACAGGAAAAAAGUAGAUGAAAUAAUUGUACACAUCAAUAUAAAUGGGGAUAAGGGAAUAAGAGGAGCCUUUAUUGCCAGCUGUGGGGAUGUUUUGGUGAAAAGCAGCACAUUGAGCACUGCGCCCUCAAAUUGAUUGCGCUGAGGUAAAUUCUUCAACAUACCAAAUAUGCUUCCUCCCUUGAUGUGUCAUUACAUUUUCUAGAGUAACUUUGCCAAAUUCCAUCGCUCGCAACAGUCCGCCAUAAUUCUCUUCUGCAUAGAAAUGACACAAUGUUGUAACCACACAGCAGACCCUGGCAGAUAGAAAAAACUGUGUGGACCACAAAAUUCUUACUUUGGUUGAAUCUUGAGAGAUAUAUGCGGCUGUUCAAGACAAAAUAUUCCGGCGUAAGUUUAAGUUGUGGUCAAACACACCAUAACACCAAAUUAGACACCCCCUUGAGAGAUGAAUGUUGCCAAGUGCUUGCUUCUCUAGUUAUACCAACUUUAGUAAUGGCCACACGAUAGCAAUACACAGCGGUCUACAUCUCCACACGCAAACCUCAACCAAAAAGCCACUCUAUAGCCACAAAUAAUGCUCAGAACAGCACCUAACUUCAUCAACAGUACAUAUAGGGUCCCAGCCACAGUACUAGCCACCAAACAUCUUUUUAACUUUGCCUAAUUUCUUUAGCAAAGAGACUAAACACAACUCACCCACUCUCCUCUAGCAGCUGCUUGUGUGUUGGGUAGCCCUGACAAUUCAAUCCCUGAGUGCAACGGAGUUUCGCAGCUCAAGAAAGAACAUUUCUGAUUUUUACUUCAUGGAAGUGUAAUCAGAGUUCUUGUCAAUGUUGUAUGUGCACUGCAGACGCAGUAUUUCUUCUGCCUUUCUAUCUAUUUUUUUGUUUGACGUUUGCGCGUGGAGACGUAGACCCCUGUGUUUUGCUAUCUUGAAGUUGUUGCUGAAGUUGGUAUAACUAGAAAAGCAAGUGGUCGGCAACAUUCAUCUCUCAAGGGGGUGUCUAACUCAGUGUUACGGGUGUUUGACCAUGAUUUAAACUUACACUGGAAUAUCCCUUUAAGUUUGGUCAGGAAACCCAAACUCAGGGUACAUCAGAAAAACUAAAUCGUUUUUUUACACCUGUCCCCGAUCAGAGCCUGGAUUAAUGCUCACCAUACGCCAAGACUCCACAGAUGUUCAGUCUCACACUUACCAAUUAAAUAUACACAUCACCUAUUAACGUUGUGUGUCACACAAUAUUAAAGUAACCCAAAAUGAACACACCUAUAUGACUCCAACACAAACGUUGUAAAUGCCAGCCUUUAUUGACAAGUCAGUUUAAUGUUUGCUGGAACUAAUUUGUAAUUGCAGCAGGUAGUUAUUAAGAGCAUACACAGUGAGAGGAGGGGUGUGCUAAAGAGAGGGUUCACACUGCAGACUUUUGUAAAUGCAUGCUGCUUCAGCUUGUAUUGUUCUGAUACAACGAAUAUCUUAUUUACGUUGACUUGAAGCAGCCAUAAUUACUCAAAAGUCUUCUUCAUCCCCUGGUAUCCCUUGCCAUUGUGCAAACAAAUAAAUUAUUUUCAGCUGUUGGGAACGCGCUCUCCAGGCUUUCAACUGUUGAGUGUCACAUGUAUGAAAAUCCAGAUAAUGACAGGAUCAGAUUGUCUGCAGAUUGUCCCAACAGCUUUGCACAUUGUGCACCUAAAACUGACCAAAGGUUGGCUUCAGUGGGUUGUGAAUGAAUACACUGAUGGCACAAUAACAUGCACUUUAAGGGUAAAGUGUCCUAUAUGUGUAUCUACACUCUAGAGAUUAUGGUUAUCAGGGACAUAAACUUCCGCUACACACUGAUGUUUGAACACCAUUGAUUAUUGACUUGUACCGAUGUAUGACAGAGUUGCUCUUUAUUGUUGGGUUGUUACUGAUAAGAUGAGACUGGGACACUCAAGUGCAAUUAAAAAGAGCUGCUUUAUUGUUUGUUUGUUUAACUCAGGGCUAAAAUCUGUUGGAAAUAUUCUCGUCUUUUGUUCCAAAAGUGUCUUUGACAAGAAGAACAGGGAGUCUACCGGGAAUAUAAAUAUGUGUCAGACAGAGAAUAAGAGGAUCCAGAGGGCUCAUUUCGAUAAAAGAAAAAAGGGCCCAUCAAACUUAAGUCCAGGCUUUUCAAUAAGGUUCUCGUUUGUGCUUUGUUGGCCCCCACAAUCUGUGUGUUUUUGUACCAUGGUAAAGUUGUAGAUUAGAUAGAGAAGUGUUUGAAGUUUUCUGCAGGCGGACCUUGCCCCCUGCUAGUUGUUCCACUUGUUUGCUCACUGUCUGCACCCAUUAAUGCAGCACAGAUACACUGGAUUUAAUCAAGUUCAAAGUUUUCACUGCACACAAGCCCCAGGGAUAUGCAGCAUUAAUUUUCAAUCCAUGACACAUUUUUUGAAAAUCCUUCACAGCAGUUGUGUAAAAAAAAACACGUUUCGGGUCUUUUAACUGCAGCUUUCCUCUAAGUGAGACAGUCCUCAUUUAAACUCCAAAGCAUCCAAAGUACAAAUGCCAACUUUUGACCUGUUGGCCAAUGGAUUCCACCCCUGUACAUACAGUGAUUGGCCAAUGGUGCACAGAAAGUCUUACGCUCGUGUGUGUGUGUGUAUUUACACACACAGAUGAAGGCAGGGUUAAGUUAGGUUAAAAGAGGGACAGGUGUCAUUUUGAAGGUGAAAUAAUUGUCAUGAUUUGAGGGUGAGGGUGAGGACUGAAACUGUACAAGAGUUAGCUUAGGCAGGUUAAGGUUUUGAACAAUUCAACUUUCAGGCACAUGGGACUUAAGAGUACUUCACAGCAAGGAAAACAUGACAUUGCAUUCAAAAGACAAUUAAUACAGAGAGCAAAACCAAGAUGAAAUAUUUGGAUAGUAAAAAGUUUGAAAGAUUUUUUAUCUUAUUUGGUUUAAAUGAGCAUGCAGAAAAGGGCUGGGCGAUAAACCAAAAAUCUACCAAUAUCGAAAUUUAUGACAAUUACCAACACCAUUUUGCCCAUAUCGGUAUAUUCCGUGUCAAAAAAAUAAGUAAAAGUUGGUUUUGGAUGUGUGUAGGUAGGCUAUGGUCUCAUGUCCCUAUAAGACGCUGUCCUACGUGAGAGACGUGACUCCACCCCAUCCAGUCAGUAACAAAGAGGGAAAGACAGGUGAGGAGAUGGAGGAUGGUUCAAAAGUUGUAGCGGCUGGACAGUGGCUGAAGUAGACAAAGUUUACUUCAGCUUUACUUACUUACUUUACUUUCUUUACUGGGAGGGGGUGAGCAGCUUGUGGAGUAGUUAUCGUCCAUUUAUCGUUAUCAAGUUGAGCUGCUCAAUAUAUCAUGAUAUUGAUUUUAGGCCAUAUCGAGACAUUUCAGGCCAAUGCUAUAUCAGCCUCAUCUGCCUCAUCAGUACACCAGGAACCAUUCCUUUCCUGCACCUGCUUAUGCACCUCAUCUAAUGCAUUAUGUCUGGGAAGACAACCAAGUGUUUGGUAUGCAGGAAUAUUAUGUGAGUUAUUUGGACAAACAUGUUUAAACAAGAUAUUAGACGCUAUUUUUAUGGCAGUUGGCUGAAUCACAUUAUUUCCCCAUAUUAGGUAAAGAGUCAGCGUGUCAGAAAGAAAAAUAUUGAAUGACUGUCUCUAAAGCUUUUGUUGUGGCAACAAGAUAAUGAUGAUGGUGGUUCAUUUUGUGAAGUAAUCACAUCAUGUGUUUGUAAGCCAGUGUUUUUCUACAAUCUCUCUGCUUGAGGCUAAAUGUUUACAGCCUAUUCCGCAUAACUUUGACACAGUAGCAUCACGUCUGACCAGCAGCCUUUGUUACAUGUUUUGCAGAGGGAUUUUUAGACAUUUGGACUUUAUUAUUAAAUUGCAAACAAAAAAAGUUCAGCUCUUGCAAAAUCUCGGUGGGAGAAAUAUUCAGAAAACGCACUCUGUUUUUCUCGUGUCUGGCCUUUACAUUCUUCAUACUUUGAGGGUAAUUUAUUUCUUCAACUGAGCUAUUGAAAUAAUAUCCCUGCCCUCCCAAAGGUGCACUUCUUCAGGCUUUAUAUGACAGCAGCAGUACACUGUAUUAUAUAGCUGCCAUUUCCCUGCUCCUCUCCCUUUGAGCUUGGUAAUGGAGUUGAUCUGCGAGUCAGGCAUCUUUUACCCUCUGUAACCUCAGAGUAGAUGCAUGUGUUGGCCUCCUCUGAAGUAGAAAGGAGUGGUAUUUCAUCGGCUGAUCUCCUCCAUAUAUAACUCAGUGAAAGUCAUAUCUCUUCUCAUGCCAAACUGAUUCCUUUUUUAAAGCUUUUUUGGACUUUCAUUGCUUCCCGGCUCCGCGGCUGUAGUUUAUGAUCAUGUUCAUGUACAGAUCCCAAUGCACACACAGAGUCACAUGGUAGCACUUAAAGGUACACAUGCAGGCAGGCCUCACACACAUGGGCAUGCAGUAAUUUUUUUUUUUAGCUCCGACCUGCAUGGUGACUCUGAGCGUUUGAUGGCUGGGCUCAAACCCAAACAGUUUGCUGUAAUAACACUGUGACGUGUGUGUACUCGACAUCUGUCACCGGGACAGCGGCUUGUUGUCCUUGUCAGCUGACGCUUUCAUCGUCACAACAAAGCUAUGUUGUUCGGCGAUGACAGAGCUGUUAAAGACAGAUUUAGCUCCACUGACAGGCUAUAAGAACGUACUUCCCUGACUGUCCAUCAACUUCUUUAUACGGGAUGGGCACACAACAAGCUUAAUACAUGAAAGCAAUGUUGAUAACAUCAUAAAUGUAUGAUAUUGUUUGACAGAUCUCAGGACUGACCACACAGCAGAUAUAAAAGUGAUAACAGCUAAAAAGUUUACUCUCUUAAGUUUGGAUUUUAAAGCCUUUAUAAUUUACUUUAUUUCUUAAGACGCAUCACUGUUGGUUGCCGUCUAAUUAUAUAACAAGAUAAAAGAUUUAAGUCAAGUUACGUGGGAGGGAAACGAGUUGAGUGGAGCUGAGUUGUAAGUGGUAGCUCAGCUGGCAGCCCACUAAGUCUUACUGAAGACUCAAAAUAAACUUCUCUUUUGAUAAAACGGCCUCAUUCUGUGUUUUCUAGAGUUUUAUUUACCUGAAUUGUUUCUUUAAUACGGUUAGAAAGCUCAUGGUAGAAACCUCAUGAAUGAAGAAAUCUGAGCCUAUGUUGGUUAUGGUGGCUCAGCUCGCAGCCCCAACUGAUGACCAGCCCAUCAAAAUGCUUAAACGCAGCAUUAAAUUUUCCUGUGACACAGUUAUUCAGAGUUUUUACUUGCACAGGACAGGGGAUCCUGGGGCUGAGUGCUUCAGCUGGGUAAAUGUCAUGGUGAAGCCUUGUGUCGGACUUGAAGCUGAAAGUUAAAGUCAGGCAUUGUGCAGUAGUUAGACUUCACCCAUGUCAAACAAAAAAAUAAAUAAUGUUAACAGACCUUUAAACAAUGCAAUGGCAAUGUGUCUUAUUUACAGGAUUAUUAUCAAAAAUACUCCAAAAUGACGGAGUAAUCUAUGGCUGAACAUUACUCAGACGGUGAGCUGAUUUUAAGGCUUUUUUUGUCCCUAAAGUCCAGCUUGAAUUAACCAUGAAGCUCUCCUCCAAACUACAGCUGUGUUGGAUAGAUGCAGAUGCUGAUCGCUCUCAGGUUUUAUGUAAAAGAGCCUGUCAGCUCUGAGCUUGUGGGGUGAUUAUCUCCAAAUGUGUCAGUGAUUAUGCUGCUUGAUAUUUGAGAACAGAUCCCUUCAGUUUCCUCGGCAAAAAGCUUCAGUUUUUUUGUGCGAGUGUUGUUUAGUUUUGCAUAAAGUUUGUUUUUUGUAUUCUGAAGGAAACACUGUAAGUUUCUGUAUUGUUUUUCUGGUGGUUUGUCUUAUCCCUUCUGCAGAUAUUUAUAUGGGAGAAGAGAGUUGAUAGAAGUGUACAUGUCUUCCUUAGAGCAGCCACAGUCAAACCAGGGACAGCUAGGACUGGUCUCAGUCAGACUUGGUGCACUUAGUGUAAGUUUGAGUUGAAACGUUGGUUGUGGUUAACUCUGUAGUAAGGGACAAUCGGCUUAGUUAAUACGUUCAGGUCAAACAUCCUGGUUUUUAGGCUUCCAUUAGGAUUCUCCAUGUACUGGUAGCAAUGACAGACCUGUCGAGUCUCUUUUUGAGUCUUUCUGUCAUUUUGGUCCAUUGUGAUUUGGACAGUUGAGUAUUUGUGUAUAUAUAUAUUUCUGGCAGUUGUUCAGUCUGUAGAGACUUUGCUUGGAAACCAGAGUCAUUGGUUCUAUUAUUGAAGUUUGGGAGUUGGCAGUGGUCUCAGGGAGGUGCCAGUUCACCCCCUGGGCACUGCCAGGGUGCCCUUGAGAGUUAUGAGCAUGGCACGAACCUCAAACUGCCCCCACAGUCUGACAUGUCUUUAUUAGUGCAUGGACACAGAAGGAUGAGUCCUGACUUUUCAAAUAGUUGUUGAUUAAUAAAAAAAAAUAAUCUCAUCUUAAAAAUAUAAUGUUUUGGCAUAGUAGUUGAUAAAAAAAGAGGAGAAAGCAGUGACGUCAGGUGCUUUUAAAACAGGUGUGGUUCUGUUAGAGUGGGAACUGCAGAGACCUGGUCAAAAACUUGUGUUGAGUAAAGUAGCAAACCAAAAGUUUACACUGCUCCACAGCUAAUCCCUGAGAGUGAGGCACCCAAAGACUGAGUAAAGACCCAAAAGAUUGUCUGUACAGUGUGUGCAGGUGUAGAAAUGAACUCUUCAGACCAAAAUAUUGUUUGCACCAUUUUAAUUUUCACUGGGAAGAUGAGCUGCUUUGAUUGUCUCUGCUUGAGAUGCUCAUCCUGUUUGUGCACGUAUGUACAGUAUUUCUGACCUCUCUGUGUGUAGCAUGUUUAAUAACAGAGAGAAAACUAGAAAUUCCCCUCGGGGAUUAAUAAAGUAUGUCUUCUCCCUUCCUUUACAUACAUUACUUUCCCAUCCAUUUAAUCUUGAACCAAUAUUAAAGGUAUGGGAACUCUUCACAGUGCUGCAGCUUGAGAAUAAUGAACAAUUUCCCUCUCAUUAUUAAAUUAAAUAAGGCUGAUUUUGAAACUGUAAAGCGUGGGAAAGUCAGGCGUUGAGUUAAAGAGUGAAGGGUAAGUAGGAGGUUGAGUUCAGUACAGAUUCCUGUAAACAUCUUAUUGUAUUUAGAUCAGUGAGCGUUUGUUUCUGGUCGUUUUCUAGCUGUUUGGUCGAGAAAAGAGUAAUUGUGCACAUUUUUAGCUACAUCUCUCAGCCCCAUAUGUUAUUGAUUCUCCUUUGGGACUACCAUCUUAUUAUCCUUCGACCCUUGCAGAGAGGUCAGGGAGUUUGCGGUCAUCCAGAAAACUGCGUGUGUGCAGCAGGAGAAGAUUUAGUGUCUUGUUAAAGAACAAACUUUAGAGCUGAAAACUUCUCUCCCAGCUUAAGAAAGGAAAGGGAAAAACUAGAUGCAUCUGCAAAGCAAUAGAUCUCUGAUCCUGGUUGUAGCAGUGUCAUGCAUUAAUGUGAUUCCUUAUAAACACAGUGGCAAGCUUUAAAAAAAAACAAAACAAAACAAGCCGAGGGGAAUAAAGAUAACAGAUGAAACACUGUACAGUACAAGUCUUUGCCAACUCCGUCACUGUAAUUUUCCAGGUGUGCAACCAACCAAAUCACACCACCUUCCUCGCCUGCUUUUAUUAUAACCUGUUGGCUGCAGAUCAAUUUAGAGUCAAGCUACAACAAAGCCUGCAUAUGAGUUUCCCACAGCGUUCACACUGAUAUGUAUACUAUGCGUGGAGCUGCAGCCGAGCCAAGCCACCCUGGGGACUGGAGGCGCUAAAAAAACCACAAUCCUCUAUUCAAAAAACCCUCCAAACUGAUCAACAGAAGUGCCCUCCGCCCUUGAAGUUAUGAACUCAGUGACCUCAGACGGAGAAUUUACAAGUUAGAUUAGAGGAAAGAGAAGCUGAGGAAGCGCCAGAGCAAGAGAGAGUGCACAAGUUUAAAAAGGACAGACAUGGAGAGGCUGCGUAAAAAGAACUAGCACGUGAUCAGUCUUCCUGAAAAAGUGGAUUUAAAGAACAAUCAGGCUGUCCAUUUCCAUAAGACCUUAAUGCAUGUACUGCUGAAAGAUCCCCCCUGGUGCAGCAUGUUAUGUUUGGUCUCAGGCCCAGUUGGAGUCAUUAGAAUAGCUGUACAUGGUUUCUAUCAUGCCCCAGCUUGAAGCAAGGAUAGAACAGCUUUAGGGUGUAAUGUGUGCAUGUGCACAAAACACAGAUGAGGGUAAGCAACAAAUGUACAGGCACAUCCAGUUCAGCACACAGAGAGACAGAUGGUUUCUGAUAUUUAUCACACUAGUGACGUUUCACUUGGCUUUGAAGAUUAAAGGAAACCAGCCCCAAGUCUUUGUAAUAUUAAAAAAACUCUCUCAUGGCAGUUUAGACAACAGUCAUAUGUGCCUGAAGGCUUGAGUUACAAGAACAUUUCUUUCAUUACUUAGAAUGAAUGAAGUGAUCAGGUUGAAUCCUGAAAUUACUAUCUGAUCGAGGUUUUCUUGAGCUUUUCUUGAGAACAUUAACACUUGUUGUUGAAUUAUCUUUGGACCAGAACUUUUGACUGUUUUAAUUCAGCCCCUCAGCUCUCAUCAACUGAGUUUCCAGCUGUUUCGUGCAGCUGCUUUGGGCCAAAACCCAACCAUCUGGCAGCAGAUGGACAAAGCUAACAGAGAGCUUGUGAACAAAGUUAAGCCUUUAGGAUUUUUAAAGUUAGAAUUUAUUUUUUAAGUGGAUUGAGACAACAACAACACAAGGGAUGUCCUGUGGUGAAUAACAUCCCUGUUGUUUGAGUUAAGUUUUAGAGCUCCUGUGAGGAGUUUCUGGUAGGUUAUGAAACAGACUGAAAUGUGCUGUUAAUGUAUCUCUGUGAUCUAUAAGACACAGGAGCACCAAAACCAGUUCCUCGCAGGAGCUUUCAAGUAAAAUUUCCACUAGUGGACUAGAGCACAUAUUUGUGCUGGUUGUGCAUUUAUCCAGUUGAGUUAACCAAACACAGUCUACAUAAAAAAUAAUCUCCAUAAUCUGUGUCCUGGUACAAGAUGCCGUCUAUGCUUGUUUACAUCCAAGUAGUAGGGGUUUUAUAGCAUUAUGGCUAUAGACAUUAAUUGGAGCUACAGCCAGGCUAGUGGUGAGUGACUGAGUGAACUUCUGGACACAAUCAACAGUACUAACUCUGAGGGUAACUAGUCUUCAGUUUGUAAUCUGUAAUACUUUACCUUAUGAUCUAACACCGGCUCUCUGUACUAUGUUGGUGCUGAUUUUCAAAGAUAGUACGCUUACUCAUUAACAAAGAUAGGAACACACCAUAACCACCACUGAUAUCAGGUUAAAUUAAAUUAUACUGCGAGGAUACGAGCUAACAAGAUGUCGGUCAUAAACAGUCAACCAAUUGACUCCUUGAGUCAGAGUGUUUGUUUUCAGGUUCUUAGCUUUUAAUAUGCGCCAGCUUAGCUUUAUAAGCUCUGUCAGUUAGUUAUCUUCAUUUUAUUACAGGGCCAUUAAAAUGAUGAACAGACUGGUUGUGUAAUCCACUUCUAGAGUGAAAAUGGUUUGAAAUAACUGUGAGUGACGUUUUUACAUCUCUGUGAAUUAUCGCCUUCAUGCUUUGAGUCCGCCGCUGCUCCCUGCUACUGGAAAUGCUUCUGGAAAUCAAUCUGUCCUCCAGAUUAUUCUGAACUUAACAGCGUUACUAAUACAUACAGAUACACUCGUAUAUAACAUGACUCUAUCAGCCACUUAACCCUUCACUGUCACUGUAUCUGAGCUGGCUGCAGACCAUGGAGACCGGAGCAGAGCCGGCCCGGAAUAGACCAAGCUUGGAUUUUCACUCCUCGUGUGUUGAGCUAAAUAUGGGGCAGUGCUUUAACUUCACAGAGGAGCCACGGGGCAAUAUACAUAUCACACCUCUAAGAUUACACUCAUAUAAAACAGCUUGGCAUGGCGUGUGUGUGAUUUGGUUAUUUUGAUCUUGGAAGUCCUCCAAACAAAGAGAGGGUUUAGUUUAUGCAAAACAGAGGAGCUGUCCAGUCUUCUCUAUGUGGUUUCAGGGUUUUCCUCGAUUGUGACAGCUGAAUAAAACACCAAGAACUUCAAAAUAAGAGAUGCUUAAUGUUUGCAAAAAUUGAUUAAUCUAAAUAUGGGUUGUCUCCUGGCAGGUUUUCCCGGUCCGAUGAGCUGUCCCGACAUCGGCGCUCCCACUCUGGAGUAAAACCCUACCAGUGCAUCGUCUGCGAGAAGAAGUUUGCCCGCAGUGAUCACCUGUCGAAACACCUCAAAGUCCAUCGCUUUCCACGAAGCAGCAGGACAGGACGCUCUGCAAACUGACUCCUAUGACCUCGCUCUGACAGACUGACGCUAAGCGUAGAGCUAACGGGGGGGAGGGGGCUGUGAUGGUGUGUGACGAAGGACAGAGGAGGCCGGGGUGAAAGUCCAAACACCUUUAAAAGGAGUCUGUGCAGGACUUGUGUGUUUAUGUUCAAAUAAGUGCGCCUGACGUACGUUCGUGGUACUGUGAUAAUUUAUUGGGUGGCGAGGAAAAGACUAUAAAACUGUUACUUGACACAACACCCUCACAGGUGGAAUAAGCUUCUUGUAUAUUUUUGUUUCAAAUCUUUUGUAUUAUUAUGGAAGAAAGAUUUGCUAUUCAGAGUAUUUUUACACUUUGAGCUGUGUUUUUUGGUUGUCAGAGAAAAAAAAGCCUUACAACGACACAAGAUGCAUCACUUAAGGGCAUCUGCUCUCUCAAAAUCCCCUGGUUCACCUUUAUGCCGCCAAUCUUUUUAGGGAAAUAUCAGCUGUCAUCACUUUGAUGCUUAAAUCCAAUAGUUUGGGGACUUGGUUUUAUUUAAUCCAAAACAACAGCAGAGUAAAUGGUGUACAUUCCUCUAGCUAAGGAUUUAUGGUGUUUUUUCCGCCUUCUAGAGCCAUCACAAGAGAAAAAAAUCAUCUGAGUAACCUCAAACGCAAUAAAGCUAGAGUCUUGUCAUUUCAAUUUGUAAUUUUCACAGAAAAACAGAACAUUUUUGGUUGUCUGCCCAUGCUUAGAAACAUGAAUAUGGCUGUUUUUUGUUGUGAAUUGACCCACCUAUUCACAUCUGGUCAACACACUGAUAUUUUUGGCCUUUUUUAAGAUCAAAACAAGUUUUGCGUUGCAGCUACUUUCUUUGAUUUUCCCACAAAAUGCUCCAAGCCCCAGUGAUGAGUGUUCACAGAAGUCAGAAUGUCUGCUCUGUCUUCAGCUCAUCUUAUGUCACCAUUUCUUUUGUUUUUAUGAUUCAGUGAAAUCAUAAGAUGACAUAUCAGUUAUAGCUUCAUGUCACUUUAUUAACUCAGAGUCACUGCUGUGAAAUUUGGUAUAUGGUGGGAAUUUUGAACGCACAAUGAGAGGCUUCGGAAUCAGCUUUGCUCUUGCCAAAUCACAACCAUAUGUACUUUUUUUUUAAAGUGGAAGUUUUUGUAAUUAUGCUUGUUUGUUAAAACUGGAAUUUUUCUUUAAAUCAUCAAAAUGUUAAUGUUAAAGUGAGCCUGUGUUACUGUUUCCGGAAAGCAGCAGUGAUUUCGGAUGAUACCAAUACAUUUCAGAAUUGCAAAACUGUGUUUUGUGAAACUACGGUGAUCCUAAAAACAUGUUAUUGACUUCAAAUCAAUACUGUUUUCAUUGAUUUAAACAGGCUAUGGGCUCUUUAAACCAGUAUAAUUUGUUGCUCCAGCUCUAUUAAAAGCCUGGUUCAAACUCCUGCAUCGGACCUACAAUUCAGCAUUCAGUUAGUUUGCAUAGCCCAAUGCUAGCUUUAGGUAUGCUGGCCCGAAACAAUGUGCACUGCAAAGACAUCACACUGCUGACUCUGCAAAAGAGAGCAACACAGAGUUUUCAGGAUUGCGUUUUUAUAUUAGCAGCGUUGGCUGAUAUAACAUGGAGUCAAUGCACAAACAAGGCUGAAGUUGUGUCCAAAGUGAGGGUGCAAAAUCAGCGCAAGACCAUAUGUUGAAUCUUGUUUAAUAUGUCACAUGUUGCAUCAGUGUUUGCUCGCACUAAGUAGCCAUAAGGUUCAUUUAAACAACAAGAGUAUAAAGUCCAGACUAGUCAAAGUAAUGUUAGAGGAAUUAAAUUUUCACUCCUUCCGGGGAAUCAGUAAAAAGAGCAUGUCGCAGACAUAAAACAGCUAUUAAAGUUUUUUCCUUUUUAAAAACCUGUAAGGUGCCUCUGCAGCCGAAACUUGUCAGGUACAACACUUCACCUUACAGGUUUUUAAACAGGAAAAAACUGAGAUCAAUAUUCAUACGUAUGCCAAAUGAACCUCUUUAAUAUAGCUAUUAAAACCUCCUGCUUCUUUUCAUCCUCUAAAUUAUCCCGUCUUUCAGAACAGUGUGCCAUGACAGUCAUUUUUACGUGGCAGCAACGACCUACUGAGAGCUAAGUGUUGGAUUUAAGUCACUACCGCAGCUGGUGCAACCUCUGGAACUUAAGUAGAGUGAAAACAGUCCUAAGUUUGAAAUUACGUUCGAAAUAGGCCACCUGUGAACUUAUGCAUGGCUGAUGCAACUCUGAGCGGAUAUGCAAAUGAUAGUGUUGUAAUCUUUCUUCAGCUAAUUGCCACUCUGUCAUGACAAUGUACAAAAUUAGGACAGGAAGAUUAAGCACAUUUUAGUGUUUGCUUAGAUAACACACUGGCACAGUAAAAAGGGUGCAACUUAGAGCCUCACUGCACAUAUAACUGCUGGAUCAGGAUAAGAUUGCAAAACUCUGUCCUAUUUAAUAACAGCAACUAAAACGUAACAUUAAUGUGAUAGUCUAAAACAAAUGCAGAAGGGAAAAACAAGACCUUGAAAAGGGUCUAAAUGUUAGGUAACAUCUGCAAAUAAAGGGGGGAAAAGUUGGCCAUCAUUCGCGACAACAUGCUUCUGCUCAUACAGGGUCAAAUGAGUGCAUGUACAUGUACGUUUAAAAUGAAUGAAUUUACCUUUGAAUUUUUUAAAGAGAAUUAAAGUACAACUACAUCUUUAGAAAGCUAAAACGUUUUGCUUUUUACUCAAUUCUCUAAGGGUCAUGGCUUAAAGUGAGCAAAGCCUGGAAUUUUGCCAAAUCAAGUUUUUUUUCUUCCUCUUUUUACAAAUAAUCAAAUUUAACCAGAUUUUUUGUACUUCUGUAGACUUGAAUAACUUCAGCACCAAAUGUCAAAACCAAGUGGAAUAUUUUUUCCAUCGAAGUUAACAGCCAUCAGGGAGCAUUGACAGCUCCUACGUAUUUGUCCCUGGUCUGGAACAUAUCAGAUCUAUUGCCAUACAGUCAGAUGCCUUUGUGUUGUACUGUAAGGGAACAGUGACUUUAUGUGAAAUGUAUCUGCUCUUCAUUCAUUAGUUUAAUUAAGCCCCCAAAAGUCACAAAAUCCAAACUGCACAGAGUCCAAAGAUGGUUUCUGGUGCCAAAAAGUCGAGGCUCUUUAGACAACAUUCAGUAUUUGAACAGUUAUCAGAAAGGGAUGUUAUUGCUUGAACUGGAAUUGAGUUGUUUCAGUUGAUUUGCUGAAAUGUUCAAUGAUUGACGAGCCCUUGUGAGAUGCUGAAUGGAGGAAGUGUGUUAUCGUGUGUGUGUGUCAGGCAUUCCUUCCAUACGACGAGUAAGGCGGCUUUUCUGAAUGGGUGUCAUGUAUGAGCCAAUGAAUGUAUGUAAAUACUGUAAAUAUUCAUAUGAACGGAGAAGUGGAAUAUUCUUGUAGUGAUUUCUUUGAUUGUGAAAGAUUUUUUAAAGUUUGUAAAUAAUGUACGUAACAUGAUCAUUCAAAAAUAUGGUGAAAAAUACAGUAACUUACUGUUUGUCGGGUUUUUACACAACACAAAGAGAACAUGCUCUUAAAAGUUUUAUAAUACAUCUAUAGAUAUUAAAUAUAUAUAUUACAUUGUCUUGACUUGCACAGCCACUUUGUCAGGUGCUAAUAGCAAUAUAAUAUAAUGAAAUGAACCAUGAUGAGUAUGUUAUGUGCUCUGUAAACACUUUACAAAGAAUGAGUUGCUGUAAAUCUUAUACUUUUGCUUUUGUUCUUACAUAAAAUAUAUUUACAAUAAAAACAUUCAAAGAUA